UAUGGAUUAAAAAAACGGUUUACUGCUAUCGCUGACCGAUACCUUUUGCAACGUGUUCAAGCAGGCUCGCCUGCUUGAACACGUUGCAAAAGCAAGUAAAAGAUUAUUUUUUAAUAGGAAUCAAUCGGUGUCACGGUUUAAUCCAUUCAUGCCGUAACUUUCGACCAGAUGGUAAAAGCAGAAAACUUACGACACAAAUUCGAUCUUUUAUUAUAUGUUGGCAUUUCAGUGUCUGCCUGUGAAUGUUUGUACUCAUGUAGGUUUCGACGAUGGCAACUACCAGUGAAUCUGAAUUUUGUUCGAUGCUCCAAAAGAAGGAACGUGAAUUGCAGGAGUUGACUAAUGAAGUAGAAGCACUUUCACGAGGAGAGCUUCUAGUCAGCGUACCAGAGGAGGUCGAAAAGCUUCGAACCCAGAAUGCCAAACUUCAGUAUCGUAUCGCAAUGUUAAAGAAGAACGUAGCUGCGGAGGAAUCCAUGGUGAGAGAAGCCAGAGUAUCAUGCGCUCAAAGUCCGCUCGCCCUGCUUCAGGACAUCUUCAGGCAGGCAAUUAGCAUUGCGUUCCCAGAGGCUUUGAAUGAUGGAGGUGUCCAAGUUUCAUUGACUGCAUCGACGAACGAAAAUUUCGGUGACUAUCAGUGUAGUGCAUCAAUGCCUUUGAGUCAGUACUACAAACGAGUUGGACAGAAAUUAUCUCCUCAAGAGAUUGCUAGACGCAUUCUUGAAUAUCUCCCGCCAAAUGAUAUCAUUGCGGAAACUUCUAUUGCUGGACCAGGCUUUAUUAAUAUCACGCUGAACCAGUCUUUCGUGACCUCACAGCUUAUCCAACUCCUUCAAAAGGGCGUUCGCGCACCCUUUGUGGCACGCAAAAAACGGGUGGUUGUGGAUUUCUCGUCACCAAAUAUCGCAAAGCAGAUGCACGUCGGGCAUUUGCGGUCAACGAUAAUAGGAGAGUCUAUAUGUCGUUUGCUGGAAUUUGUUGGCCAUGAUGUGCUUCGGUUGAACCAUAUUGGAGAUUGGGGAACCCAAUUUGGCAUGCUUAUUGCACACCUCAUGGACAAGUUUCCCGAUUACAAUAAAAACGUUCCUCCAAUCCACGAUUUGCAGGAAUUCUACAAAGAGUCGAAGAUCCGUUUCGAUAACGAUGAAGAAUUUAAAAAGAGGGCUUACCAGUCUGUUGUGCUAUUGCAAUCCAAAAACACGGAUAUGAUAAAGGCAUGGGAGCUAAUUUGCGAUGUAAGCCGAAAAGAAUUGGAAAAGAUUUACCGUAAACUGGAUGUAAAUCUGAUAGAACGAGGCGAAAGCUUUUACCACGAUUUUAUGAAUGAGGUGAUCGCUGACCUUGAGAAGCGUAACCUUCUGAUCGAAGAUGAUGGCAGAAAACUUCUCUUUCCGACAAAUAAACAACUAAUUCCCCUAACUAUGGUCAAAAGUGACGGCGGGUACACAUAUGACACCUCAGACAUGGCUUGUAUCAAACAUCGUAUAGAGGUGGAGAAAGCCGAUUGGAUCAUUUACGUGGUCGAUGGCGGCCAGCGUAUGCACUUUCAGACCCUAUUUGAUUGUGCCAAGCUUGUGGGGUACGCGCCCAACCACGUCCGGCUAGACCAUGUGGCAUUUGGCUUGGUACUUGGUGAGGAUCGUAAGAAGUUUAAAACGCGCUCUGGAGACACCGUCAAGCUUAACGACCUGCUUGAUGAAGGCUGUGAAAGGUGUCUAGAAAAAUUGAAGUUAAAAGGUCGCGAUAAGGAAUUGACUCCGGAAGAGUUAAAGAAAGCUCAGGAAGCCGUGGCAUUUGGUUGCAUCAAAUUCGCCGAUCUCACAAAUUCUAGGCAAAACGAUUAUGUAUUCUCAUUUGAUCGGAUGUUAGACGACCGAGGCAAGACAGCAGCGUACUUACUUUAUUCAUUAACCCGAAUUCGCUCAAUUGCGCGAACUGCCGGUGUGAACACAACUGCGCUACGAGAGACAGCCGACAAACACGUUCUUCUUGAACAUCCCAAAGAGAUUAAACUAUCAAAACACCUCUUGAGGUUCCCCGAGAUUAUCUCCGCAAUGCUCGAAGAGUUGUACAUUCAUCCGUUGUGUGACUAUUUAUUUGAUCUAAGCUCAAUCUUCUCCGAGUUCUACGACAAUUGUUACUGCAUCGAGAAAGAUAAAGUAAACGGUACGAUUAAGAAGAUCAAUAUGGGUCGCUUGGCACUGUGUGAGGCGACUGCACAGGUUAUGGAAAAAGGAUUCGGUAUUCUUGGUAUCCGAACCGUUGACCGCAUGUGAAUCAUUAGCAUCUUUUAACAUAUGUCGUGGUUCUAAAGCUGGCGAAAGUAAAGCAAGUGGCUAUUAGCCCACUGCUCGACCCCCCCCCCCUCCCACCCUUAG